GGGAUCGGGAUCGGGAUCGGGCCCGGCUCCAGGCCCGGCCCCGGGAGCCAUGGGGACGGCGGACUCGAAGCUGAACUUCCGGAAGGCGGUGAUCCAGCUGACCACCAAGACGCAGCCCGUGGAAGCCACAGAUGAUGCAUUCUGGGACCAGUUCUGGGCCGACACGGCCACCUCGGUGCAGGACGUCUUUGCCCUGGUGCCCGCUGCCGAGAUCCGGGCCGUGCGAGAAGAGUCACCCUCCAACCUGGCCACUCUGUGCUAUAAGGCAGUGGAGAAGCUGGUGCAGGGCGCGGAGAGCGGCUGCCACUCGGAGAAAGAGAAGCAGAUUGUCCUCAACUGCAGUCGGCUCCUGACCCGGGUGCUGCCCUACAUCUUCGAGGACCCUGACUGGAGGGGCUUCUUCUGGUCCACCGUGCCUGGGGCUGGCCGAGGAGGGGGUGAGGAGGACGACGAGAAUGCCCGGCCCCUGGCGGAGUCGCUGCUCCUGGCCCUGGCCGACCUGCUCUUCUGUCCAGACUUCACGGUCCAGAGCCACCGCAAGGGCAGCGUGGACUCAUCCGAGGAUGUCCACUCCCUGGACAGCUGCGAGUACAUCUGGGAGGCCGGCGUGGGCUUCGCUCACUCUCCCCAACCCAGCUACAGCCAUGACCUGAACCGGACCGAGCUGCUGAAGUUGUUGCUCACCUGCUUCUCGGAGGCCAUGUACCUGCCCCCUGCCAGUGACAGCAACAACGCCAACCCCUGGGUACAGUUCUUCUGCUCCACGGAAAACAGGCACGCGCUGCCCCUGUUCACUUCCCUCCUCAACGUCGUCUGCGCCUAUGACCCCGUGGGGUACGGGAUCCCCUACAACCACCUGCUCUUCUCUGACUGCCGGGAGCCCCUGGUGGAGGGGGCUGCCCAGAUCCUCAUCGUCACCCUGGACUGCGAUGGGGCCACCAGCGCCAGCCCCUCCGUGGACGGCACCACCACGGGCACUGCCAUGGAUGAUGCAGAUCCUCCAGGCCCUGAAAACCUGUUUGUGAACUACCUGUCCCGGAUCCACCGGGAGGAGGAUUUCCAGUUCAUCCUCAAGGGGCUGGCCCGCCUGCUGUCCAAUCCUCUGCUCCAGACCUACCUGCCCAACUCGGCCAAGAAGAUCCAAUUCCACCAGGAGCUACUGGUUCUGUUCUGGAAACUCUGUGACUUCAACAAGAAAUUCCUCUUCUUUGUGCUGAAGAGCAGUGACGUGCUGGACAUCCUGGUCCCCGUCCUCUUCUUCCUCAACGAUGCCCGAGCCGACCAGUCGCGCGUGGGGCUGAUGCACAUUGGGGUCUUCAUCCUACUGCUGCUGAGUGGGGAGCGCAACUUUGGGGUCCGGCUGAACAAACCUUACUCAGUGCGUGUGCCCAUGGACAUCCCGGUCUUCACCGGUACCCACGCCGACCUGCUCAUCGUGGUGUUCCACAAGAUCAUCACCAGUGGCCACCAGCGCCUGCAGCCGCUGUUCGACUGCCUGCUCACCAUCGUGGUGAACGUGUCCCCGUACCUCAAGAGUCUCUCCAUGGUGGCAGCCAACAAGCUGCUGCACCUGCUGGAAGCCUUCUCCACCUCGUGGUUCCUGUUCUCCAGCGUGCAGAACCACCACCUCGUCUUCUUCCUGCUGGAGGUCUUCAACAACAUCAUCCAGUACCAGUUUGAUGGCAAUUCAAACCUGGUGUACGCCAUCAUCCGCAAGCGGAGCGUCUUUCACCAGUUGGUGAACCUGCCCACGGACGCGCCCGCCAUCCACAAGGCCCUGCAGCGGCGACGCCGGCCGCCCGACCCGCUGGCCCGCACCAACUCGCAGGAGGGGGCCUCCAUGGAAGGCUCGCGGCCGGCUGCCCCCGCCGAGCCGGGCACCCUCAAGACCAGCCUGGUGGCCACCCCAGGCAUCGACAAGCUGACGGAGAAGUCCCAGGUGUCCGAGGACGGAACCAUGAGGUCCCUGGAGCCGGAAUCUCAGCAGGGCCCGGUCGAGGCCUCCACCACGGGCGACUCCUGGAAUGGGGAGCCAGGGCCAGGCUGGCGAGAGCAGCGGCGGCCCUCCAACGCUUCGGCCACUGGACAGUGGAAUCCGACGCCGGACUGGGUCCUGUCCUGGAAGUCCAAGCUGCCGCUGCAGACCAUCAUGCGGCUGCUGCAGGUGCUCGUGCCCCAGGUGGAGAAGAUCUGCAUUGACAAGGGCCUGACGGACGAGUCGGAAAUCCUCAAGUUCCUGCAGCAUGGCACGCUGGUGGGGCUGUUGCCUGUGCCGCACCCCAUCCUCAUCCGAAAAUACCAGGCCAACGCGGGCACCGCCAUGUGGUUCCGAACCUACAUGUGGGGCGUCAUUUACCUGAGAAACGUGGAUCCCCCGGUCUGGUAUGACACGGACGUGAAGCUGUUUGAGAUCCAGCGGGUCUGAGGCUGGAGCGGCUCAGGGAGCUGGAGGCAAGGAAGGGGUCCCGCCCCCUGACCCCCGCCACCCCCCCCGGCCUCCGGACCCCCACCCGUUUCCACCUGCCGUUUUGAGCUCUAAUAGCCCCGUCCAGCUCUGAGUGGCCGAGGCGCUUCGCCCCGGCUGCCUGUGUUCUCUGUGCCCCCCGCCCGCCCCCAACCCCAUGCGGGACAGCUGCAGGGAGAGAAUCAGCCGCGGAGGGCGGGGCGAGGGGAGGGAAAGGGCCUCCGGCUCCCCGUCCCCCUCCCAGCCCGAGGCCCUUCUCUGUCCUCGGUCCCCCAGGCUCCGCAGCCCCCGCCCUCCCGCCCCUAGCCCACCUCCAGUCCAUUUCAGGGCCUCGGCUGCCCUGUCCGGUCCACGACGCUCUUCCCUGCGGGCUGCCGGGAGCCACCUGAUUCAGGAAAAAGGGACCGAGGCCCCCGGCCUCGUGGACUUGCCCUCCCCCCACCCCCAGCCCAACCGCGCAAUGUCGG